AUGCCGGUAGUGCAAAUGGAGACUCGAAGCAGUUAUAAAAGACGACCAAUGAAUCCUACUAUUAUUGUCAAGUUUGUUAGACGAAAGAAACGCGAAGAAUUCUACCGAGCACGAAAUAUACUUCGAGGGAAAACUGUUAAUGACCUAAAUCUUAAUCUCAAUACCG